AUGCGACAGAAUAACUCGCAAAAGGAUGCAAAGGCGUUUGUAGCCACAAACGACACUAGUCCUAAGAAGUACGAUGGUACUUUACCCAAGUGUGAGCGAUGCAAAUAUCAUCACUUGGGCGAUUGUCGGGUUGUCAAGUGUGAUAAGUGUGGCAAGAAUGGCCACCGUACUGAAUCGUGUUGGGGAACGGGAAAUAAUACUGGAUCGGGAAGUGGAAAUGGUAACAAGAAUGGGAAUGGAAAUGGGCGUGGUCAAGGAUGCUUUGGAUGCGGAAGCAAGGAUCACUUCAAGAAAGACUGUCCUAAAGAAAACCCAGCUCAGGGUAGGGCAUUUGUGAUCGGAGCAAAGGAUGCGCGCCAAGACCCUAAUGUGGUCACUGGUACGUUCCUCAUCAACAAUCAUUUCGCAUCCAUAUUAUUUGAUACCGGUGCCGAUUUUAGUUUUAUUUCUAUGGACUUUAAAAAUAUUCUGGGCAUAAAAACAAGUAAGUUAGAUGUGCCUUACUCAAUAGAAUUGGCAAACGGUAAACUAGUCGAGUCCGGGGAAGUAGCUAAGGGAUGUUCCUUGGAACUUGGCGAACGAACAUUCAUUAUCGAUCUCUUACCCGUGGAGUUGGGUAGUUUCGACGUAGUGGUUGGCAUGGAUUGGCUAUCCAAUAACCGAGCCGAAGUCGUGUGCCAUGAGAAGAUCAUACGCCUACCACUACCAAACGAAGAGACACUUGUUAUACAUGGAGAGAAGCGUGACACACCGAUGCGGAUUAUCAAUUGUAUGAAGGCACAUAAGUGCUUACGGAAGGGUGGCAUUGCAUUCCUUGCGCAUGUUGUCGACAAGAAGGCCGAGGGGCUGCAGCUGAAAGACAUUCCUGUGAUAAGAGACUUUCCUGAAGUCUUUCCUGACGACUUGCCGGGACUACCACCAAUUCGACAAGUCGAGUUUCACAUCGACUUAGUACCGGGAGCAGCACCUGUUUGGGAUGCGUACUUAUGCAACGGAAUAAAGUUAUCGUGUAUGCAUCCCGACAGCUAA